CUGUUGGCAGUCUGGCAACGCCACGAAAGUCGAGUUGGCAUUUGAUUUCAUUGCUGCGUUCGGAUCGAAAAAAUUGCAUAUUUCAUUGUUUAACUCCCAAGAACGUCAGCAAACAAGUAACUUGUAUAAUAUUUUGAGUUAAGUACAGCCGAAAACAGUGCCGUACCGAGUGCGUGUAAAUAAACAAGCGAUUUGUAUCCAAAAUGUUGCACAAUAAUGCGCCCUGGCUGCCACCGCAUCAGCAGCAGCAGCAGCAACAGGCCCCGCAGCAACAUCCUACUCCACAGCAUCAACAUGCAAUGCCCCAACAGCAGCAAACUCUUCCUGCCCAGCAGCAGCAAGUCUACGCCAGCCAAAUGUUCCAGCAAAAUCAGCCAAAUUAUUGGCCAGAUGAUCAGCACCAACAGCAGCAGCAGCAACAAUCCCUGAACUACAAUAACUACUUUGCGGGACAGCAGCAGCAACAUCCUAUGCUGCAGCAGCAAAUGCCACCGCAGCAGCAACAGCAACAGUCUACGCAGCAGCAACAUACUAUCCAGCAGCAACUGUAUUAUCCCACUCACCAGCAGCCACAAGUCCCGGCUCCAGCGGAACCAGCUCUGGACUCGUUUGACAACAAUAAUAGCGGAGGAGGAGGUGGUGGCGGCCGGAGCGAUGGCUGGGGUGAUUGGGGCGAUUGGAACGACAAUAGCAACAACAAUAAUAGCAACGGCACCGAUGGCCUGUUAGAGCCAACUGGACAACUGCUGGAGGAUUCCUUCAAUGUUCAAUCCUCGCAAGGUAGUUGGCAGGCGUUUGCAACCAACAAUGUCAAUAACAAUGGGGAGUUGCCGCCACCAGCAAAUCCGCAGUCAACGUCCUUGCAACAACAGCCAUUGAAUCAGCAAUCGACACCUUUGUUGCAACAGCAGCCACAAUCGCCGCCGGAACUGGGGCAGGAACCCGAACUGGAUGCCAUUGUGCCUCCCCAGGCUUUCCAAAACCAACCACCAACUGCAGCACCACCACCAACAUCACUGACUUCGUACUCUGCACAAAUGACUGCUGUGGGAUCGCCAAUCUAUGCUGUUGGAGCAUCUUCAGCACAUGGCGCAGGAGUGGGAGCUUCGCCAGCACCACCCACUGGAGUAGUAGCUCCGCCAGUACAUCUCGACGGUGUAGGAGCUCCGCCAGCACAUCUUGCAGGAGUUGGAGCUUCGCCAGCACCACCCACUGGAGUAGUAGCUCCGCCAGCACAUCUCGCCGGUGUAGGAGCUCCACCAGCACAUCUUGCAGGAGUGGGAGCUUCGCCAGCACCUUCCGCUUUAGUAGGAGCUCCUCCAGCACCUAACAUUGGAGUAGGAGCCCCACCAGUGGGAGCACCGCCAGCGGACGCUACAAAUAUUGCACCACCGGCUGCACUGCCACCUAGCAUGGUUUCAUCGUCUGGUUCCAAUCCCUUUAAGCGUUCCACGGGCCUAAAUAAGCGAGUAAACAUAAUGGCAGACCCUGCGGCAGGAGCUCCAUCGCCUCCAGCUCCUGUUGCUGCAAUUGCUCCUGUGGCACCAGUAGCAGCAAUUCCGCCACCAGCAGAACAGCUCUUUGGUGUGCCAGCAGAAGCUCAUGGAGAGGGUUUCAACUUAAUUGCGGCUCCACCGGUUGAGGCUUCACUUGGAGCUCCACUGAGUGCACCUAUUCCUGCACCCAUUCCUGUACCUAACGCAUCGCUCUAUGCAUCACCGGCUGUUCCACAGGCUUUUGCGCCCUUGGAACCGGACAAUCAGGAGGUUUUGUCCGCGCCGAAUGACGAACGGGCCCAGUACUUGCAGACCAGCCACCUGUCCGAGCAGCUGGGCGAAGGCGAAGCGGAUCAGGAUGCGGGCCUGCUGCCACCACCAGGACUGUCUCGUCUGGUUUUGGGCCAACCGGAGUUGGAUUCGCAGCAGCAACGCCAGGUCACAGGAGCCACAGAGCAGCCACCACUUAAUGUGGCCCAGGCAGCUGCUCUGCACAUGCAAGAACGUCGCGCAGAUGGCGAGGACACCUCUGACGGCGAACAGCAAGUGCGUAAUAUACAGACGCCACCUCGUCGCGUCGUAACCGGCGUGGAGACCAAUGCCCCGUCGCUGAGAGAACAGCGGGAAGUGGUGCUGGAUGGCGAGAAUCUGGAGGAUCGCGAUGCUAUAACGCCGCCAACGUUGGCUGAACUUCCAACAACUUCAGUACAUCACAAUAUUCUACCCGACGAGCCGGAGCAGUUGCAUCACAACAAUCCGCCCCAGGCGAUGACCCCGCUAAAUGCACAGCAACCACAUCAGCAGCAGCCCACGCUGCAGCAGCAACACCAGCAACAUUCAACCACUCAGCAGGAGAAGAAGCGUGCAGCAGUAGGUCGUCGGACCACUGCCUCGCUGGAUCUAGAGUCCGAUGAGUCCGAUGAAUUCCUGCAGAGCGAAAGGGAGCGGGAUCGGGAGCGUGAGCGCAGGGAUCUAAUGGAGGAGAGGCACAGUCGUGGACGCAGCCAUGGUCACUAUCCCUACGAAGGCGAAACGGAGGAUUCUGUGCGUGGUGCUGCCCAUCACGAGACGAAAUCCUCGAGAGAAACACAUCACAAACGUAACAACGAAUCGGGACGCUCCCGUCGCCAUCAGGAUCCUAAGGUGGAACGUGAAAGGGAGCGGGAUAGGGAGCGUGACCGCACAUGGCGGCGACGAUCCAACAAGUAUCACAGCGGUGGCGAAGAUCCGGAUCGUUCGUACGAUCAUUCGCGUCGCUACAACAACAGCAACUACGAGGGCGAGUCGGAUAAUCCGGAGUAUAAUCACAUGGGCGACGCAGAACUGGACGGCAGCGGUGGUCGGAGCAGUAAAACCAGUCGCCAUCGACGCAGUGCCGCCGAGGAGGAUUUCGAUGAUUACGAACGGGAACGUAAUCGAUCCCGGCGCUCAACCAAACCACAAUCGUCUGCUGAAAAGUCACGCUCCUCGGGCGGUCGACGGAAUUACGAGAAUUCGGGUCGGAGUGCCCGUACGGACGAUGGACGCAGACGUUAUCAGGAUCAGCGCAAUGCUGGAGCUCAGUAUCCCGUGUCAGCCACCGGCUAUGGUCCCUACGGAAUGUACGAGCAAAUGUCGCGGAAUCCACAAGUCUACGCUGAUAUGUAUGCGAAGUUCUAUGGCCAAAUGAUCAACUCGAUGAACGCAGCUGUUUCGGCGGCUGCUUCGAAAGGCGGAGUUACCGCUGGAGCAGGAGUCAUUCCCGGAUUGGUGCCCGGCGCGGUGCCCGUCAGUGCCGCCCAGUUGGUGGCCGCCACCAGCGGAGGAAGUGUCAGCGGUAGCAGUGAAGCCGCCAUGCUCAGGGAGCGAGAAAGGUAUACACACGCAUACAUAACCCAAGCCAAUGAAUUCCAUCGUCACCAAUACAAAGAGCUGAUCUACCAGCAACAACAACAGCAGCAGCAGCAACAACAACAGCAGAGGGAGGAUCACCUGAACUCCAGCUUUAGCGUUGCAGAGGACAAUGCCAGUUUUUACGGAUCGCACGGAGGAGGUUCCAUCUAUAACCAAUACCAAGCAUAUCCACUCUCCAGUGCCCGAUCGCUGAGUAACUUGAACGGCGAUGGACGCAAUUCCCGAUGCGGACCGUAUUACGCUGGUUCCGAAUGUGGUCUCGAUAUCAGAGCUGCUGCCGAGGCGGCACCUUCGACUUAUGGAGGAGUGGCUGGAACCGCUGGACCGGUUACCAACACUGCGGUGGCUCGUCCGCCUCGCAGACGCACUCCCUUGCAGUUCAACCGACCGCAUUUGGUGGCCUCAUAUGCGAUGAGUCUGCUCCUGAAGGUGAAACCCAAGUACGCGGGUCGUGGACGACUGCGCAACGAUGUGGAGGUGGCACCACCACGCAUUCGGGACGGUACGAGCAGCCUGCUGCGCAUGUAUCCGGGUCCCUUGCAGGGACGCAAGUUGCACAAGGACAAGAUCAUCAGUUUCUGCAAGGAUCAGAUCCGACUGGGACCCACCAAGGGUUGCACCGCACUGUAUGCCACGCAGAAGAAGCCACAGGGCAGCGUGACGAAGUACCGUGCCUCCCAUGCGCUCAUGUGGCACCUGCUUAUACUGUUGCUGCGCCAAAAUGGGUACAUUGCGGACACGGAUGUGGGCGAUCUGCUGCUGGAGAACCAGCAAGAGUAUCCCUACGAUCCCAGCGAGUUCGAAGCAGAGAACGAGCCAGAUGCGGAUGCCGAACAGGAUGCCGCUGCACCGGCGGACAAGACAGGGGAUUCGGAUUUAGAUAGCGAGUCGGCAGCAGGAGUCACACCUGCGGAAACACUUGCAGCAGGUGCGGCAACUAGCUCAGUCAAUGGAGCUGAUGCUGCAAACGUAGCAACGCCUCUGUCGGAACAGGCGGCAACGGACAAGUUCCGCAGCUAUGUGUUGCGCGGAAAUGUCGAGGAGGCACUCCAGUGGGCCACCGACAACGGCCUGUGGACGCAUGCAUUCUUCUUGGCCCUCUACGAGGAUCGCUAUGCUCUCACAGACGUAGCCCAGAAGUUCCUCAAUCGAGCGAUCAAGGCCAACGAUCCAUUGCAGACACUAUACCAAAUGAAGAGCUGCCACACACCGGCGUGCGUCAGCCAGCUGAGGGAUGAACAGUGGGGUGACUGGCGGUCGCAUCUCUCCAUCCUGGUGACGAACAAGAGUCGCCAGCCGGAGUAUGAUCGCAGUUCGGUAGUGGCCCUCGGCGAUACGCUUUUCCAGCGCGGCGAUAUAUAUGCGGCACACUUUUGCUAUCUGGUGGCUCAGGAGGAGUUCGGACGAUACGAUAGCUCUGCUACAGAGCUAACUACUCUGACCGCCAAUGUGCCCAGGCUUAUCCUGCUGGGCUCCUCGCACUACAAGCACUUCAACGAAUUUGCCAGCAACGAGGCCAUCAUCAUGACCGAGAUCUAUGAGUAUGCUCGAUCGCUGUUCGAUCCGAAGUUUAGCAUUGCCCACUUCCAACACUACAAGUUCCUGCUGGCCACAAGGAUCCUCGAUUAUGGUCAGCAUUUCCGCUGCACCAAUUAUUUGGAACAAAUCGCCAGGCACAUCGAACUGAAGCCGGAAAGCUACGACAGUGAUUUCAUUCAGCGGGUUUGCGGUUUAGCCGAACGUCUGCGCUACCAUGAUCCCAUUCUCAUCAAUCGUGUUUCUUUUGCGAGUCCUCCGAAUGCCACCAGCAAGGAUAGCGCUGCUCCCGAAGAGAAGGCCUGGUUGCGUCAGCUUAGAUCUCUGGCCUAUGUGCAGCCCCAACAAGAGCAGCUGCAACAACUGCAGCAGAAUCAGCAAAUCCAGCAGGAGCAAAACGACAUCGAUCAGCAGUUUGCAGAGGUGAACAAGCAAUUCAGGGAACUAAACAUGCAAUACGAGAGCAACAGCAACGUGGAGAAUACGCUGCAGUCGCAGUUGCCACCGGUGGAUCAACAGCCGCCGCAACAGCAGCAACAAGUUUUAUCGGAAUCGCACCAACAGCCACCACAACAAUAUUAUGAGCCACCACCUCAAGCGCCAGCCGAAUCCGAUCCCUAUGGGCAGGGCCAACCGUCCUACUAUGAUCCCAAUGCGGGGCAGCAUCAAUACGAUCCCAAUGCGGGCCAGCUUCAUUAUGAUCCAAAUGCUGCACAUCAUCAAUACGACCAGCAGCAACCUCAACCACAGCCUACUCCCAGCUAUGGCCAAAUAGAGCCAGGAAGUGAGGCCUACCAACCUGGACAACCAACAGCAGAUCCAGCUGCGGUUCCCUCUGGCUACGGAUACGAUUACUGGUCGGGCACACAACAGCCACCUUAUGGCGACGAGCCCACUGAGAAUCAAGCUGCUCUAAAGGAUGAAGAGGAGGAGGAUGAGGAGCAGGAAGAACAGCAGAUAUUGCACUACGCUAAACAGCAGAUUUUGCAGCAAACCAAGCAGCAGCAGCAGCUGCAGCAGGAGCAACAUACUCGCAGCAAUGGCGCCGCCAGCAGCAACAAUCGCUUCAAAUCGAACGCACUGAAGCAGGAACGCAGCAGCGGCUCAUUGCGGAAAAGGCAAGAGGCGUCACGAACAGCAACAAUAGCAGCGGCAGCAGCAGCUAUUGCCCAGAUAACUCCGGCAACAGUUGCAGCGGCAGCGACGCCACCAGCAGCAUCGGCAAAGGCAUUCAAUUUGAAUGAUGUAAGUAGCUUUUCCAGCACAAAUAAACGACAGCAAGCUACCAGCAGCAGCAACAAUCGCAGCAGCAGCAACCAAACAGCAGCAGCAGCGGCAGCAACAAAAGCUGCAGCAACAGCAACAGUACCUGCUGUCCCUAAUAAAUUGCUAAGUUGUAGAAUGUCUAACAGCCAGAAUAGUCCAUACUUAGCCACGCCAAAAACGCUUACCACGCCCACACGUUUCAUUGCCGCUAAAGCAGCCACUGUUACAGCCACGCCCACAGCGCCCGCCACUUCGACGACAACGUCGACAACCAUAGGUGCUAGAGGAUCAUCUACCAAACGGGUUUACUUUAAUCUUCCGUCGACCAUUGCUGAAUCGGAGCAAGAGUUCGAGCAUGAGCUGGACUAUGAGGAUGAGGUGGAGGAGGAGAACAGCAUGGCUCUGGCGCAACCUAAACCAAACGUUCAUCUAGCGCGAAAGCCACAUAUUGUCUUUAAUGGAACCUAUCCCAUUGAUAUGCCACUGACCCAGGGGCAGAGCCAACUCAAGAGCAACUCGUAUGAUCCGGAGGCCAAUGCAGAUCGUGGGGAUCUGCAGCGCUAUAGGAACUACAUGCUCCAUGAUUAUGUUAUAGAUGAGGAUGCCGAGGGCGAGGAGCAGGCCGAAGAAGAGGGCGAUGAGGAUGAGUAUGGAGAUGGAGAUGAGGAUUUAUUCCCUUAUGGCGACGACGAUGAGAGCUUCGAUGAUGGCGAUUACUAUACCCAUCAACUGCUCAAUAAGUAUGGGAUAAUACCAAGCGGCGAGAAACAGAGAGUCGAGAGAACACCGGCAUCCGUGGAGGCGGCUACCUCCGCGGCCAAGCCACAACAUGUGUGGUCCAUGAAGGAGCUGAUAGCCAAUCCAGCCAUACCACUUAACUACAAGAAAAUGUGCUCCGAAGUGGAGCAGAGCCUCAGUCGAUUCGAGAACUAUUUGGACAGCAAAAAGGAGCAACAGGUGCCACCGGGAGCCGCAGUGCGCACCUUCGACAUCGAUGCACCCACUCGAAGAGGCCACCGAAGCAGCACAUCCACAAAUGCUGGCUUGGCUCUUAGAUCUAAGAAGAAAUUGUAAACAAACUGACGACAGUUUGCUGUCUUAGCCCUAGUAAUACCCACAAAUGAUCAGUCAGUAUUUACAAAUCCAAUGAGUUAGGUAACAAGAAAAUAAGGAGGAGCAAGUGCAUCGCUGCUUUUUUUGGGAGCUUUCUGUACUGUACCUGGAGCUUGUCUUAGCCUGUUAGCUUGUAAAUCUAUAACUAGUCUUAAUGCGUCCCUAAGCAAUAUGUUAUCACUAAGCCUUAUAUACGAAUAAUUGUGAGCCAGAGGUUUUUUGACUGCGCCAGUUACUUUAAAACGUUUCCGUUGUUCAUUCGAUUUGAUUCGAUUUAACUAACCCAUAACUACUCUGUUACUAACCAAUCCAAACACUCUUACCUAUAAUCUAUGACUUAUUUAUAAUUCGAUUGCAUCUCGCAGAAGACUAAUUCGUUGCCAUUUCUUAACUCCAACCUCAAU